AUGACUGUGUCUUAGACUAGGAUAGGGGUUUAGAGGAGCAAAAUAGAUGGAAUUUUAAAGUUAUUUUUUAAAAAAUUGCUAGGGAUUCUGGGUCUAUUUGUCUUUGCCUCUUAUCUUCUGAAUGUUCUUAAAUAUAUCUAAGAAAUUAAACCUGAAUUAUUUCUAUGCUUGAAUUAACCACAGGAGGAUGUCUCAGGAACCUAGGACAUACGCUCUUCUCCUAUUCCUUUUUCUGAGCUAUGGAGUGGCAAGUCUCAGAAUUCCAAAUUCCAGGCAGGAUUUGCAUCCACUGUUGCAAAAAAUGGCAGAAGAAAUAAUAGAUGGAAACUAUCUGAUGGCAUUACUGGAUCUCAUACAGUUUCAAAGCUCCCACAUGUGGACGUCAGACCUGUCCCACAGAGUUGUGGCCUACCUGAAUUCACGGAAUGUUGCCUUCACCAUCCCCAGCCUGCAGGCAACCAUGGAAACCCACCUGGAGCAGCGUCUGUACCAGCCCCAAAAGCUACUGCAGGACCUGAGGGAAGCAGACGCCCAGCAGUUCCGCACUGCCAUGAAGUACCUCUGGGAAGACACGAGGGACCACAUGAAGCUGGAAGAUAUCAUCAUCGACUUGGGAGAGAUUCGGAAACAAGCUUUGCAGAGCCCAGGUGUGAACCGCAGCUUAUUUCUCAUCACACUGGAGAGGUGCUUCCAGGUGCUGAACUCUCUGGAGUGUGUAGAGAUCCUGGGCAAGGUGCUGAGAGGGUCCUCAGGGAGCUUCCUGCAGCCUGAUAUCACAGAUAGGCUUCCCCAGGACCUGCAUGAAGAUGCCUUCAAGAACCUAUCUGCGGUGUUCAAAGACCUCUACGACCAAACCUCAGCCCAUUCCCGGCAAGCUCUCUACUCCUGGAUGGCUGGUGUUUUGCAGACAUCCUCCAAUGCCACUGGUGACUCUGUUUCAUGGGUCAGUGCAGAAAACUUAUGGAUCUUGGGCAGAUAUAUGGUUCACCUAUCACUUGAAGAAAUUAUGAAAAUUAGUCCUGUAGAAAUUGGGCUGUUUAUCAGCUAUGACAACGCCACCAAGCAGUUGGACACAGUCUAUGAUAUCACGCCUGAGCUAGCCCAGGCAUUUCUGGAGAGGAUUGGCUCCUCCAACUUUGACAUGAGGAAUACCUCUACCAUCCACAGGCAAGGGGCCAGGGCUCUGGGCCUUCAGGGCUAAUCCCUUGUCUUCUCACACAGGCUCGGGCUGCUGGUCUGUUUCUAUAGUGACCUGGAGCUGCUGGACGCCACCAUGGCCCAAGUCCUUCUUCACCAGAUGAUCAAGUGCAGCCAUCUGCGGGGCUUUCAGGCUGGUGUUCAGAAGCUUAAAGCCGACCUCCUGAACAUUGCCACGGAGAACCAGACCCUCAAUGAGACCCUGGGCUCUUUGUCGGAUGCGAUUGUGGGCUUGACCCACAGUCAGCUGGAAUCCCUCUCCCCUGAGGCUGUGCACAGCGCCAUUUCUACCCUCAACCAGGUGCCAGGCUGGGCCAAGAGCCAGGUCGUCCUCUUGUCUGCCAAAUACCUGGCCCAUAAGAAGGUGCUGUCUUUCCACAACAUCAGCCAGAUGGGUGUGCUGCUGCCUGGGGUCAGCACCCAGGCCUUCUACAGCAUGGAGCGCAGGGACCUCGAGCAGGUCCUGAGAAGCACCGUCUCCUUGCACAUGUCUGAUCUGUCUCCUGCCCAGCAGCAAGGUGUACUCAGCAAGAUUAUUGAAGCAGGAGAUGCUACCUCCAGUGUUGUGGAAAUACAAGGAGCUUUCUUUAAGGAAGUGUCUCUUUUCGAUUUAAGGAGGGAAUCUGGAUUCAACGUCACUGUCCUAAAGGAAAAGGAGCUUCGGAGGAGUCAAGCCUUGUUCCUGUAUGAGCUUCUGUCAAAGACCACCAGAAGGCCUGAGGAGCUCCUGAGUGCAGGGCAGCUGGUCAAAGGCGUGACAUGCUCCCACAUUGAUGCCCUGAGUGCUGACUCCUUCCUGGCCCAUUUCCAGUAUUUCGAGAACAACCUCUCUCUGCUUUCACCGUACCAGGUUAAUUGUUUGGCAUGGAAAUACUGGGAAGUUUCCAGGUCCUUUAUGCAGCCCUUCCUCUUGGCUGCACUCCCGGCUCGCUACCUGGCUUCUGUCCCAGCCUCCCGAUGUGUGCCUUUUCUGAUCAGCCUGGGGAAGAUUCAACUGGACUCCUUGGUUUUGGAUUCCCACAAAAAGAGUGUGGUCCUCAGGAAAGUGCAGCAGUGCCUGAACAACUCCAUUGCUGAUGAGUACGCUGUAGACAUCAUGGGGAACCUGCUCUGCCACUUGCCGGCGGCUGUCAUCCACCACGGAGUGUCCCCCAAAGCCUGGGCCACUGCCCUGCAUGGCCUCAGACACUGCGCAGACCUCAGCCCAGAGCAGAAGGCUGCAGUGAAGCUCAGGCUCCUGGAGCAGCAUGGUCUCCCCCAGAACUGGACAGCUGAGAUGACAAAGGACUUGGGACCCUUUCUAGUACUUUUCUCAGGAGAUGAAUUAAGCUCUGUUGCCACAAAGUUUCCUGAUAUCCUUCAACAAACAGCUUCUGAGAUGGCUGGGGCCUUGCCCCCCAAAGAUUUCCUUUGGGCUGUCUUUGUGUCUGUCCGGGACAGAAGUGGGAGGAGCCCCAGCACAGCCCCCAGCCCUGGUUGCCGUGGGGUCGAGGUUCCCUCUUCUGAUGACGUCUUCAGGUUGGGUGAAGCCAAUGCCUGCUGGGCCCCCCAGCACCUACUCUGCAUGGAGGAAGACACAUUCAUCAGGAAUGUGGACCUUCUGGGGGCUGUCAGGGGUUUUAGCCAUCCUCAGCUCAUGGCCCUAAAGGAGAAGGCAGUGCAGGUCUGGGACAUGCCCUCUUACUGGAGAGAAUACCAUAUUGUCUCACUUGGCCGCAUUGCUCUGGCUCUUAGUGAGAGUGAGCUGGGGCAACUGGAUCUCAGUUCCAUUGACACUGUGGCUUCCCUAAGUCAGCAGUCAGAGUGGACCUCAGGACAGGCUAAAUCCAUCCUGCAAGGAUUCCUGGAGGAUUCAGGCUAUCGCAUCCAGGAUCUGAAGAGCUUCCACUUGGUAGGACUUGGUGCAACCCUAUGUGACAUGAAUCUUACUGAAAUCUCACGUAUAAAGAUCUCAGAAUUCAGGGUGGUCAUUGCCAGAAUCGGGCACCUACUCUGCAGCACCCAUGUCUUGGCAGAGUUCAAGAAGAAGGCAGAAGUUGUGUUUGGGGAUCCCACAGAAUGGUCUGGCUCUGUCUUGCAGGAACUUGGAACCAUUGCAGCUGGAUUAACUAAGGAAGAGCUCCGAGUGCUUGACAAGGAUUUGAUGCCAUAUUUCCAACCAUCAGCAAUCAGAUGCCUUCCUGAUGAAAUAUUCAAAGAGCUCUCAGCGGAUCAGAUUGCCGCCUUGGGUCCCCAGAAUGCCGCGGCUGUGACCCCGGCCCAGCGCGGCCAGCUCAGCGUGCCGCAACUGCAGAGCCUCCAGUGGGCACUAGAUGGCGCCAAGAUGCGUUUUUGGCUAGAUGUGCCCCCCAGCGCCAGCCCCAUGUGGACCCCCUCCUCCCAUUCUCCAGGAGUCUCCAUUCCCCUGAGUCUUUGGCCUGGCUGCCUGUUGCUGGUUCUAGUGCCCCAGCUCAUGCGGUGAGUGGCCAGCACACAUCACCCUCCAGUGCCGAAGCUGCUGGCUGAAGACCUUGACCUGAGACCAGAGCCAGGAGACCAGGGCCUUGAAACUGAAAAGUCACGAAAAAGAAGAAAAAUUAUGAACAAUCAUCUUGCAAGUUCUUAAGCUGCCUUGUGCACACAGCUGAGACACAUCCUCUGCUCCGUUUCAACCUCUCUUGUUUUCCAGCCUAGAGACAGAAGCUGUUCAGGAAGGGGGGUGGGUGGUUCUGUCAACUGUAUGAGGACCUUGCAUACAAGCUACUGCCCUUUCUUCAGAGAGAGGCCAGAGCAAUGGGUUCAGGCAAAAGCAUCACUUUACCCAGGUUUCUACUGAUGGUUUCUACUCUGCCUUAAUUUCCCUUCCUCAGAGCUACAGGCUACAUUGGAUUUCUUCUUAGACAUGUAGCAGAGCUGAAAUAAAUGAAUCCGUCACAGGAAGCCAAUAUUCCUGCCUGAUUGCUGGGACUAAUUGAUGUACUGGUGGGCAUUUCAUUGCUUGGGAAUUAAAACAUUUAACAUGGCUCAACAUUAAAUCAGUUUUUAAACACAUUUUCCAGACACCUUCCAUUUCACUAGGAGUCAGCUGAAUGGAUGGCUGUUAUCAGUGAAGCUUUCCCAAAAUUCCUUUUUUGGUGGACAUGGUGGCUCUUUCUGUUUCAAGUUGCUCUGGGCUUUGGGGAUGGGUUGAAAUAAAAGAAAAUACAUUGUGGAAGUUAGUCACCCAUGUGAUUAUGGCACAGCAGAGCAGACACAGCCCACUGGCCCAAUCCUUUUGGAGGCUGGGAUAGAGUUACUUCUGGAAAUUUGCAGGACACUCUUGGCCUUCGGCUCAGGGAAACAAAACUCAGGAAGGGGCGACAGCAGUGGUGCUUUGCCACCUCCCAUGUGUUGUGCCUUCUUAAAGACAGCCAUCAAAGUUGUUUCACAGCAUUCCGUACGUAGCAAGUCAGGCAUCCUGGGUUCUCCUCCUGCGCACACCUGGCGGUAAGAAGAAAACCUGCUUGAGUUUCCAAACUCUCCAAUGUUCCCUAAGAGGUGGGUGGAUUUUUAAAAGUAGCGAGGUAGGUGUUAUAGAGACUGGCAUUUUCUCAUAUGUCACAGGUGGUUAUGACAAGAAAUUAAGAGACUGGGGUUUGGAAGAUGUGGCAUUGCAGGUAUUGUUAGUGUAGGGAGCUAGAUAGUAAUAAAGGAAGGGAGCAAAGGGAAUCAGACAUUAGGAAGCCUAAUAAACUCAGAAGCUACAACUUCACAUACUGCCUAGAGGAUCACAGCAUUGCCCCGCCAAGGGUGUUAACACCCCUCCCUCCCUGGUGUAGGGAGAAAGGACUA